AUGUUGACUGCGACAUUUGGCGAGUCUACUCUGAGCAAAAAAAAUGUUUACAAGUGGUACAAGCUCUUCACAGAAGGUCGAGAAGAUGUUAAUGAUGAUGCCCGCCCUGGACGCCCCAGCACGUCAACAACCGAUGACAACAUCGAAGCAGUGAAGAAAAUUGUUAUGGAGAAUCAUCGAAUCACUAUUAGAGAAGUUGCUGAAGAUGUCGGCAUAUCGGUUGGCUCAUGCCAUGCAAUUUUUUCGGGUGUUUUGGGCAUGCAACGUGUGGCGGCGAAGUUUGUUCCAAAAUUGCUGAAUUUCGACCAAAAACACGUCGUUGCUUGUUCGUGA